CAGUGUAGCGCGCCGUUGUCCUGUGCCGCAGCGGCGUUAGCAACAGUGUGUAAAGUGUGUGCAGCAACCGGAGUCGGUCCUAAGCGUGCAAGUCCGAGACACAGAGACGCAGCGAGUUAAAGCCACACUUGUCCUCGGUGUUAAUGAUAUAUUAAAUAGUCACAGUGACUUUUUUUUUACACUAGUUUCCCCUCCCUUGUUCUUCCUCCACGCUCAACUGCGGUCUGCUGUGAGGAGCGACAGAAGGAGCAGGACGAGUCCUCUGCCAUGGCUGAGUCGCCAACUUGUUAAUGUUGCCACUUUGUUUAAUUUGCUGUCACUCAGGAAUGUGAAGAUGCCACAUCCUGUCAACUAUUUCCCUACUGAAACUUUCAUCUCGAAAACCCUCUCUUUGGACUUCCUCUCUACCAGCACUUCAGAGCCAUUCAUAGAGGACAGCUUCACUGGCAACAUCAGCAACAUCAGCGGGUUAAGCAGCCUUCGUUGCACCUAUAAGGAAGACUUUAAACGUAUUUUACUCCCCGCUGUGUACACCUUUGUCUUCUUGCUCGGCCUUCCUCUCAAUGCUGCUGUCAUACUGAAGAUAUGGAGGACUCAGCCCAGUCUGUCCAAAAACAACAUCUACAUGCUGAACUUGGCCAUAGCAGACUUUCUGUAUGUGAUGUCACUUCCCUUGCUCGUCUACAACUACGCCAGUCAUGACUACUGGCCCUUUGGGGAGUUUGCCUGUAAACUGGUCAGGUUUCAGUUCUACAGCAAUCUGCAUGGCAGCAUCCUCUUCCUCACCUGCAUCAGUGUGCAGCGCUAUUUGGGCAUUUGCCAUCCUCUGGCGAUGUGGCACAAGCAGGGUGGCCGCAGGAUGGCGUGGUGCAUCUGUGGAGGGGUAUGGCUGCUGGUGGUCGCCCUGUGUGCGCCAACUUUUCACUUCGCUGCGACGGGCAUCCAGCGAAACCGCACAGUGUGUUAUGAUUUAAGCACGCCGAAGCACUCAGUAGACUACUAUCCUUACGGCAUGGCUCUGACCUGCCUCGGUUUCUUGUUGCCUUUUAUGGGUGUGAUGGUGUGCUACUGUCGGAUGGCCCACAUCCUCUGCCGCCCGGUGUCCUACCAGGGUGUCUCCAUUGCGACUGGGGAGAAACGGGACAAGGCGGUGAGGAUGAUCAUUGUGGUGGCUGCAGUGUUCUGCAUCAGCUUCCUGCCAUUUCACCUCACCAAGACCAUGUACCUGGUGGUGCGUACUCUGCCUAACGUGCCCUGUGAGACAAGAAACUUGUUUUCAAUCAUCUAUAAGAGCACCAGACCGUUCGCCAGCAUGAACAGCUUCCUGGACCCAAUUCUGUUUUACUUCACCCAGCCACGCUACCGCCGGAGCACCAGAAGGUUUAUGCUCAGAGUCACCACCCGCAAGGACAGGGGCUCCAGCGUGGGAGCGAUUCCUUGAAUUCUAGGAUGCUGCAAAGUGGUACAUGUAUAGGUUGCUGAGUUUUUUUUUUUAAGUUUCCAUGUGCAUGUAAACUUUACCUACUACUCACUGUACCAAAGAACUGUACCUUCUGAAGAGAGAGACAUUUUUUAGAGGUACCGGCAUAUCAAGAAGCCUUCUGAAAUACAACAUGAAGGUUUUAAGCUUAUAAUAUGAAAGGUAAUCAUAGACUGAGAAAACUUGGAGAAGAAGUUCCCAGAGUUUAAAUAAAUUUUUUCUCUGUUGGCAUUAACCAUCAGAGCCAUCACAGACUACAGGUGUAUUCAUCUGGGGAAUUGAGGCAUUUUUUGACACUCAUUGAGAUCCCUGACUCUGUAUUGUAUUUAUUUGAUUAUUGUUGUGGCUGAGGAGUACUAUACAUGUACUUUAUAUAUAAAUAAUGAUUUUAGCGUCAGCAUAAAGGGGCAUUCACAUCCUGUAUUGUCCCUUUUAUCUGUGAACUGUUAACUUCCAGUCUCUACUUAACAACAAAAAAUAAAUAGUCUCACACUGUGAACUGCAGUAUAAUAGAAAUGCUCCAAAAUGAUAAAAUAAUGAAGAUGAUUUUGAUUUGUGUGAUUUGGAGGUGGAGAUAGUGCAAUUGUAAUUGUUUAUAACAUGGCAUGGUAUGUUAGUACUGCAUGAAGCAUUUAUCCCAGUUAUAAGGCUUGUUGUUGCAUGUUUUCAUCACUGGAUGGUGUGUUAAAGCCACUGCUGUAACCCCACUGCACUGAAAUGCUGGCUCCCUUCUGUCUAUAAUGGUUAGGUUAUUAUCCAGUAGAUCUUACCCACUGAGUUUAUGUUCUUUAAUGUUCAUGAAAUGAACAUGAAUACAGAUUGCAUUUACUGGGCACAUUGAUGUUAAUUAGCGUGUUGUUUGUUGUAACUGCAUUUGUGUAGAACUUGAUGUUAUUUUAACUUAAUUCAAAUGUUUUCAUUAGUCAUUAUUUUUCUGAUUCAUUUUGCAUGUUGACACACUGCGAAGAAAACUGUGGAAUUUUUUUCAUAUUUAUAUGAAACUGAAAAUACUAAUAUAAUCCUUAAUUCAGAUUUUUUAAAUCAGUUUAAUUUGCCAGCAGCCUUUAAAUUGUUCUGAAGCCACUGUAACAGACAAUACUUAGGCGACUUUACUACCUAAACACUAGCUAUAGUUUGAGUUUUGCACCCAAAGAAAUGUUGUGUACAUCGGUUUAAUGUGAACAUGUUUUAUUGUAAUGCAUUUCAAAUGCAAGGAACAUUUGAACCAAAAUAUGCAGUCAGUUGCUUAAAAAUGUUAGGAACUAGUUAAUGUAUGUGUGUCAGUACAGCAUGUACAUUGAUUAAUGUAGUGAUAUACUGUACGAUGUGUGUCAGCAAAAAGUUCUUGUUGUUUAUGUGUCUGUUUGGUCAAACUGUCUGAAAUGUGUGUGUGUGUGUGUGUCAAUGUAGAGCGAUAUCUGUGCACUGUGCCAACAUUUUUAUGUCAUUCAGUAUUAUUUAGAAUAAUUCUUAUUUUUGUAAAAUACUGUAACACAAUAAUAUCAGGAAUAGAAUUUUAUUUUUGUUACAUAGAUAUAAUAAUGUUGAAAAAGUAACAUUUAUGAUAUUUUUUUAGUUUUUUUUUCUUGGGUUGCUUGUGAAAAUGUUUUGUACGUCUUCAUUAUGUAAAACUAACCGGAAACAGCCAUUAAAGACGUGUUGCAGCCUGUCA